CCUCUUUCUCCCUCUCAAGCUCACACUCGUCUCCUCUGCGGCGCCUCUAGCGAAGCCAUCGUCCGCCGUCUUUCGUUGCGCACCACCGAACCCCCGCUUCCGGUCGCGACCAGAAUCCAUUUUCUUGCGGCCUCAUGACGAUCCUGCGGCUCGCUCUCACAGCCCACUCUGCCCUUCCUUCCUGUGAUCACAAGCCCUUAUCAUCCUACGACACUUCCGCUCCGUUAAUGACCCUUGCAUCUGGUGGUGGGAGGAAAACUGCCCUAGGGUUCUCUUUCCAAACUAAGAAGUGUGCGCCGAUGUCAUUGUCUUCGUCUUCCCCGUCGACUCGCUCGGCUCGUUUCAUGGUGUCGAGCCACGAGCAUGAUGAUGAAUCUUCCGCGGAGGGGCAUGAUGGAUUGACCAUCCGUGGGGUACCGGAGACGGUUGUUGGUGUAUUGGGAGGAGGCCAACUAGGUCGAAUGCUCUGUCAAGCAGCAAACCAAAUCGCAAUCAAAGUAGUGACCUUGGAUCCUCUUGAAUCCUGUCCUGCAAGUGGCAUAGCUUAUCAUCAUGUAGUUGGGAGUUUUGAUGAUGGUGAUACAGUUCAUGAAUUUUCGAAAAGGUGUGGAGUGUUGACAGUGGAAAUCAAACACGUUGAUGCGGUUACUCUUGAGAAACUUGAGCUACUAGGGAUAGACUGCCAGCCUAAAGCCUCUACCAUAAGGAUAAUACAGGACAAAUAUCUUCAGAAGGUUAAUUUUUCUCAGCAUGGGAUUCCACUUCCUGAUUUUAUGGAGGUUGAUUGAACUGGUUGCUUGUUUGCUGAAACAACUUGAAGUUUAACUAGUCCUUUGUUAAUUAAUAAUUCAGUGCAGAAGAUAAUCUUGCACAUGUUGAGAAAGCUGGAGAAUUGUUUGGUUAUCCUUUAAUGAUCAAAAGCAAGAGAUUGGCUUAUGAUGGGCGUGGCAAUGCUGUUGCUCACACCAAAGAGGAACUUCCUUCAGUUGUGACUGCAUUGGGAGGAUUCAAUCAUGGUUUAUAUGUUGAGAGGUGGAUGCCAUUUGUGAAGGGAUAACAUCUGUCACAUAGUUGAAGCUCCCGCCGGUGUACCAGACAAAAUAAAAAGACUUUGUGUUGACAUUGCUCAAAAAGCUGUCAUAUCAUUGGAGGGAGCAGGUGUAUUUGCAGUGGAAUUAUUUUUAACAAAAGAUGGACAGGUUUUGCUUAAUGAAGUAGCUCCUAGACCGCAUAAUAGUGGACAUCAUACGAUUGAGUCAUGCUAUACUUCACAAUACGAACAGCAUCUACGAGCUAUUCUUGGUCUUCCUCUUGGUGAUCCAUCAAUGAAUUCCCCAGCUGCAAUCAUGUACAACAUACUAGGUGAAGAUGAGGGAGAGCCAGGGUUCUAUUUAGCUCAUCAACUGAUUGGAAAGGCGCUUAAAGGCGUUAAAUACAUAAGGUUGUUCUAUAUGCAUUUUCUGGAUUUCAAAUUUUGAGGCCCAUAACUUAUGGAUCAUUGUGCAUUCCCACAAUCUGAUUACCUCUCUAUUUCUGAUGUGUUCAAUCAUUUUAUUUCUUUCACAAGAAUAAUUUAGUAGUUGGUGUAGUGCUUCAUAUAUUUCAGGUAGCAUUGGUGAAAAAUAAGUACAUGACGAAAGUUUCAGUAUAUGGUCAUCGUUGUUUGGAAGUUCUGAUAUUUGAUUUAAAUGUAUGCUUAAUGGGUGCAGUUACUCCAUGUGUUGCUAUAAUCAUGGGUUCUGAUUCAGAUCUUCCUACAAUGAAAGAUGCUGCAGAGAUCUUAAAAAAUUUUGGUGUGCCAUAUGAGGUAACAAUUGUUUCAGCUCACCGCACACCUGAGAGGAUGUACUCUUUUGCAUCAUCUGCGAAAGAAAGAGGUAUUCAGAUCAUAAUAGCUGGUGCUGGUGGUGCGGCACAUCUACCAGGGAUGGUGGCUUCACUGAGUCCACUACCUGUCAUUGGAGUCCCGAUAAGAGCCUCAUCACUGGAUGGAAUUGAUUCCCUGUUAUCCAUCGUGCAGAGGCCAAAAGGUAUUCCAGUUGCAACAGUCGCAAUUGGGAAUGCCGCAAAUGCAGCUUUAUUAGCAGUCAGGAUCCUUGCCACUAGCGAUGCUGAUUUAUGGAACAGUGUGAUCAAAUACCAAAAUGAGCUGAAGGAUACUGUUUUGGCAGAAGCAACAAAGCUUGAAGCAGAAGGCUAGGAGAGAUAUCUAAAUCUAUAACACUCCUCCAGGUGCUCAUUCUGGUAUAUGAGCCUCUCUUGGGUGUGUUUACCUUACCUAAUUUUUCCUUAUUAGUUACUUUGCCAAUCCCAGAUUUUAGGCUUAAUGACAUGAGCUUCCGUUGUUGAUUGGUUGUCUUGGUAUUUUUCUCAUAUGCAUCUGAUCAGGGGAUUGAAAGUGUCUUAUUUUCAGGCCAAGAUCAACUGCUUCUUAUCUUGAAGUAGUUGUUGAUCUUCAACCUGUAUUCUCUGUGAUGCUGGGAGUUCCUCCCUCGCGAAAUAACUUGAAGAGAAGCAAUUUGGCAAGCUUUCCAUGUUGUCCAGAUAUAGAGAAAAUGUUUCCAUUUGAAAAGAAUGAGAAGGCGAUCCAAUACAUACGUUUCUUGAUACAUGGUCAGAAUGAAGAUCCCUAGGUGGUCCCCCUCUGGAAUCCUGUGUUGACUUUUCUUCACUGAUCUUUACAAUCUCUUUUGAUGGGAAAAGACAAGGAACUUGUGAUACCAAGAUUUCUGUUUGUGUUGGAGAAUUCAGACUGUAGCAGCUUAUAAUUAAGAAAGAACAUCAUGUACAUCUGCAAAUCUACAAGCAACUUCAACUUACACUGUAAAUAUCAUUGUGUUCAGCAAACCUGGCAAUGAUUUGUUAUUUUGUCAGACAUAAUUAUGCUAUCCAUUUCAACUUGUUUCAGGCUU